GUUUCAGUCUGUAAUCUCUUUUUCAAUAACGUGAAAGUGAUAAAAUUGUGAACAAUGAUAAGAAUUAAGGAAGUGGCGUUGUUGGUUUCCUUAUUAUUUUUCAAAGUUAUUUAUUGUUCAUCAGACAAUUAUCGAGAACGAAUUAUUCUUGAGGUAGAUGUGAUUAGAAACAUUUAUUUUCGUUUAGAAAGAUCGUUAUGGGAGUCAACAGUAAAUAAUCCAAUGAUAACACGGGAUGAUCAAUUGAUGACUAUUUUCAAUGGUCACAAUGACUUCGUGAAUAAUUAUUUGAGAAACUUUCUCGACGUCGACGAUCUCAAAACUUUAAUCAAACUUUAUGGAUGGCAAUCAUUGAACACAGAAAGUGUCAGCGUAAAUCGCAUGUUCAUACGAUUCCAACAACACUUAACUCGUGAAACAAAAUUCAUUGCAAAUGGAACAUUUAAUGAUGAAAUUAGUCUCGAUUUAGUGGAACAUGUUUUGGAUGACUCAAAUUGGCCAUUGAUGGAAGCUCUCGACAAUCUUCAUGAAGCGUUUACAAAACAUCGACUCUUUUACUCGGACAUUUUAAAUCUAACCAAAACUUCCUGCAUACUACAACGUUCACCCCAACAAGUCAUUCAUCAGAUGUACAAUGUGAUUGUCGCGACUCAAUUACAAGCAUAUAUGAUGAUGCAGUUUUCUUAUAUGCUUCUGAAUGUUUAUAAGAAAGGUGAUUUCUUCAAAAUUUCAAGUCGAUUACGAACAAAUUUCGAGAUGAAAACUGUUCAAUCGUUGGAAUCCGCUUUUGAAAUUUCCAUCGAAUCAAGUCGAGCUUUAUGGCGAUGUGAUCCUGAUAAAUUUGAGGAAUCUACAACAUUUCAUCAAAUCACCAGACUCUUGCAAGGUCAUCUUGAAAAUGAGAAGGAUUUAAACCAAGGUCGAACAUGUGUUGAUGAAUGUGAAACAUAUCAGUUCACUGAAGAGUUUGGUUGUUCAGAGAAAUCAAUUUGUAAUCGUCAACCAAAGUGCAAGGGAAAAUUAUUGUUUUGUAAAACAUUAAGUGACGAUAUGUGGGUUUGUCCUGGUGACAAGAAAUCAUUACGAAGAUAUGAAUUUAUUGAGUAUGAUGAUGGAGAAGUUUUAGGCAAGAAAGGUUUCUGUCCAAAUCAAGGGUUUAAGCUCGACCGAUGGUGGCUUUACAUGAUUAUUUACCGAUGUGAUCAUUGCUUUUGCAUUUGUGACGAGCAAGGAAAACUUUCCGAUCGAUUCUUUAGUCUUCGACCAGCAGUCUCUGACACAAGGAACAACAUGGUUGUCACCGGCAUACGUUUUGUUAAAUCAAAUCGAAUCAUUCAUCUUCAAAUACAAGAAAGUCAACUAAUGAAAUAUGGAAAAGUUAGCAGUAUUAACACCAGAUGGGUGCCAAUACAAGAAUUUGGAAUUUUUGAUAAAGGAAUUCGUGAUGGAAUCGAUUAUCACACUUUAGCUUAUGAUCGUCGUGAAGUUGAUCUUGACGAUCUUAUUGCACCAAUUGGUCAUGUUGUGACUGGAGUUAAACUACGAAGACUUGGAAAUCAUUUGAAUCUCGAAAUUCGUGUUUCAGAAAUUGAUUUCAGUUCUGGAUUGGUGAUGGAACCUGAGAAGAGUUUUUGGAUAUCAAAUGACAACACACAAUUUUCACAAGGAAAAGAAAAGCGAAAGGAAAUCUCAAUGUAUCUACCCGACGUUCCAACUAAAACAAGAUUUAAAUCUGUUCCGAAGUCAUCUUCAAACACUUUCAUCAAGUUCACUUUUUCUGAUAUCUAUAAAGAUGCAGCACAAACAACAGUUCCUUUCUUAGACUCACAAGAUGUUACAUCAUCACCUGCGACUCCACUUCAAGGUGUUGGACUCUUAUACAAAGGACAACGUGGAUUUGGUGGCUUCAUUACACCAAAGAUUGAAACAAUCGACAUAAGCAGUUACAUUCGAGCUAACAUGCAAAACUUUAAAACCGUCAAUGAACGAAAUGCUAAUAAAUUUAACUAUGUGAGUAAUUAAGAUGGUAUUCGAACUGAAGUAAUAAAAAUCCCAAGCAAUUAAUU